AUGUUUGGUGCUAGCGGUUUUUUGAUGGCGCUCUGUGCGUUGCUUUGCCUCCAUGCGGGGGCUGGAUUGCGGUUUCCGGGACCACGUCUGCAGCGACAAGAAGCAGCAGCUGCAGCAGCAGCCCCGUAUCCACCAGCGGGCUUAAUGCCUGAUCCACCAUUCGAGUUGCCCACGGAGGAGGCGGCUGACUUUCCCCAACCGGACUUGACUUAUGGCCCCCCUGAAGAGCAGCCCGAGCUGACUUACGGACCACCCGAUGAGGUCUACGGCCCGCCCGAUGAAGUCUAUGGUCCACCCGAUGGCCCGCCAGCUAUCGAAGAAUUGCCCGAUCAGACAUAUGGACCGCCAGAGCUGCCCACGAGCAGUACGGCACAAAGUGCAGCGACCAUAAACCUGGCCAGCUUGCGGCCCCAAUUGCAGUUCGUUCUACCGCUAGUUCAACGCUUCACCGCCUUCCGCCAGUUGGUACGUCCCUUGGUGCAAAGGAGACCCGCAAAGUUGACAGCUCGUCCGCAGCGAAGGCGACCCGCCAAGAUAAUCAAUAGAGUUAAUGCUGCCUUUCCGGCGACACAAUUGACGUUGCCAUUCGUGGAGCGUCGCAUUCCAUUUAGAGCAUUUAAUUCUGAACGUUUAAUUCUUAAUGCACCUUUGCAAAGGAAGCCCGCCAAACUACAAAAUAGGCCCACCAUUGCUCAGUUCACGCCCGCCAUACGCAAACCAAUAUAUUCGGGCGGUCGCAUUAUUGCCUAUUCUGAUCAAGUGCAGAACUGGUAA